CUGACUGCGAUACACUCCUUUUCCAUCUUAUUUCUUUCUACUGUUCAUUCCAUCAAAGGACGAACGACGAGUCGAUCCGUUUCGUUCCGUUCCAUACCGACAAUCGCGCAAUAUAGCCAUCUCUGGUUUGCCGACACUCUUUUUCACACCAUAUCGACGACCCAUUCAGCGCCUUACGCACGACCGACCGACCGAUCGAUCGGGGCCAUGUCCGCAAAUGCCUGGCCCGGGGCCGACAGCUCCUCCCAGCACUCUGGGCAGCUGUCGCAGAAAGAUCUCGUCCUCGACCAGCAAAUGAUUAAGCACCUUCUCAACAGAUAUGGCCAAGACAAACUGAAUCUUCUUAUCCAGGAAACCACCGGCCCUCAGUCGGAUGGUGCAUCAAUUGUGUCGUCGGCGCAGUCAUCUAUCCUGUCGGAUGACCAGUCGAGCAUGUGGGAUACCCAGAGCAUCAGAACAUUCUCCGACACCUCGUCAAUCACUGGCAGCAUCAUCUCCAAUGUGUCUCGCGGCACAUCGAAAAUCCUGGGUAGACGGAGUGGAAGCAGUAGCGCCGCGGCUGCGGCCCAAGCCCAAGCGGCGCAACAGGCGGCUCAGACACAGCAGGACUCAGAAUCAUGGAAUGGUAUCGACGUGCCCAACUCGUCCAACACAGCAUCCGACGCUGCAUCAAUCUCCACCAGUGCCUCAAAACAAAAGGGGGCUUUCAUGUGCGGAUUCUGCAAGGAGGAAGAUAUCACCAAAACGUGCACCCGCAAAAACGAUCUCAAGCGCCAUAUUGAAGACUUCCAUAACGUCAAUGCGCAAUGGUUCUGCCGUCAUCGUGGUUGCCAAAUGGUAUUUGAUUGGCAAGGCGCCUACAAGACACAUUUGAAGCAGGCGCAUGGCGGGUCGAGAAUGUCCCUGGACGAGGCCAAGGUCAACCUUUGCCCACAAGUCGUCUUUGCAUGCGGCUUCGACAACUGCCUGCAAGUGUUCGAAGCGCAAGGCGACUCGGACGCAAGUGCGACCUUCAAGGAGUACGUGAGCCACGUCGUGAAGCACUUUGACGAAGGAUCCAACAGUGGCGAUUGGUCAUACUCAGCAAGGAUACGGAACCUCCUCAGACAAGGCCAGGUACAAUCAGCUUGGAACGAAUCGAUGUGGAACGAGGCGUCACGGACAUCUCUGCAAUGGAGCCCCCAGACGUCUGGCAUUUUGAGGAAACGACUCGAGUGUCGCCAUGUCGGAGAUGUCAAGCUGCUUGUGCAGUACGCCAUGAUGCUCGGCUCCGAUCCUAGCAGCAUUGGAAAGUUCCGCGAAGACUUCGUCACCCCUGUUGCCGAUACGUGCACCUUGCACAUGCUUGGGCACAAAUCACGACAACCGACCAUUGCCGCUCCUCCUGAGCAGCCGGCCGACCCUUUCUCCUUCAAGAUAUCACGCGGCGCAAACCCUGCCCUUGCCGCUUAUAUGGCGUCUCAACGUAGAGUCUACGUUCCCAGACAGCAGCGGGUUGUAAGGCCACCGCAAUUACAUCACCCUCACCAGCAGGUACCGUCAUCCAACCCGAUGGCCAGUCACUCCCGGUUAUCGCAAUCAUCACAUUCAUCACACACAAGUAGCCAUCACGGCCACCCACAGGUUCACCACAACAACCAGAGUCACAGCACUUUGGGACAUUUCUUCCAGGCGAUGCCCGAAUCACAGAUGUACGACCCGAACAGCAACGCCCAAGGCUUCGGACCUAGCAGCGGCGCAAUGCACCACAAUGGAAUCAUAGCAGACGAUAUGCAGAGCCUAAGAAGUAUGGGCGGAGGCGCACCCGACUCGACAGACGUGGAAAUGCAGGAUGGUUUGAUGCCGGAUUUCUCUUCGCCCUACGGACAGCAUUCAGCAAAUCUGACAAGUCCAUCCAUCAACGGUCAUCCAGACGGAUUCUUCCCUCCCGGACAAGCUUAUUAA